AUGGCUCGCUGCCCGUCGCUCGCCCAUCUCUUGCUAGCCGGUGCGCCCAUCACAGAUGCCUCUUUGGACCUCAUAGCCUCGCACUGCCCCAACCUGCAGUCCCUCUCCAUCAAGUGCUGCCGCAAGCUGCUUGAGCCAGGUGUCAGCGCAUUGGCCCGCUGCACUCGCUUGCAAUCACUCAACGCUGCUCUGGUGCCCGGAGUGACAGAAGUCUCUGCUCCGCUCCUGUUCCAAGGACUCUCAGCACUGAAAACACUGGUGUUGAACCAGAGCCCACUGCCAGACACCUCGUUAUUGUCACUCUCCUCUCAUUCUCACAGUCUAGAGGAGCUGGCACUGCACGGCUGCCCCAGGCUCACCAAUGAGGUAAGCAUACGUGCUCAUUGUCCCCCAUACGUGCUCAGCAUACGUGCUCAGCAUACGUGCUCAGCAUACGUGCUCAGCAUACGUGCUCAGCAUACGUGCUCAGCAUACGUGCUCAGCAUACGUGCUCAGCAUACGUGCUCAGCAUACGUGCUCAGCAUACGUGCUCAGCAUACGUGCUCAGCAUACGUGCUCAGCAUACGUGCUCAGCAUACGUGCUCAGCAUACGUGCUCAGCAUACGUGCUCAGCAUACGUGCUCAGCAUACGUGCUCAGCAUACGUGCUCAGCAUACGUGCUCAGCAUACGUGCUCAGCAUACGUGCUCAGCAUACGUGCUCAGCAUACGUGCUCAGCAUACGUGCUCAGCAUACGUGCUCAGCAUACGUGCUCAGCAUACGUGCUCAGCAUACGUGCUCAGCAUACGUGCUCAGCAUACGUGCUCAGCAUACGUGCUCAGCAUACGUGCUCAGCAUACGUGCUCAGCAUACGUGCUCAGCAUACGUGCUCAGCAUACGUGCUCAGCAUACGUGCUCAGCAUACGUGCUCAGCAUACGUGCUCAGCAUACGUGCUCAGCAUACGUGCUCAGCAUACGUGCUCAGCAUACGUGCUCAGCAUACGUGCUCAGCAUACGUGCUCAGCAUACGUGCUCAGCAUACGUGCUCAGCAUACGUGCUCAGCAUACGUGCUCAGCAUACGUGCUCAGCAUACGUGCUCAGCAUACGUGCUCAGCAUACGUGCUCAGCAUACGUGCUCAGCAUACGUGCUCAGCAUACGUGCUCAGCAUACGUGCUCAGCAUACGUGCUCAGCAUACGUGCUCAGCAUACGUGCUCAGCAUACGUGCUCAGCAUACGUGCUCAGCAUACGUGCUCAGCAUACGUGCUCAGCAUACGUGCUCAGCAUACGUGCUCAGCAUACGUGCUCAGCAUACGUGCUCAGCAUACGUGCUCAGCAUACGUGCUCAGCAUACGUGCUCAGCAUACGUGCUCAGCAUACGUGCUCAGCAUACGUGCUCAGCAUACGUGCUCAGCAUACGUGCUCAGCAUACGUGCUCAGCAUACGUGCUCAGCAUACGUGCUCAGCAUACGUGCCAGCAUACGUGCCCAGCAUACGUGCCCAGCAUACGUGCUCAGCAUACGUGCUCAGCAUACGUGCUCAGCAUACGUGCUCAGCAUACGUGCUCAGCAUACGUGCUCAGCAUACGUGCUCAGCAUACGUGCUCAGCAUACGUGCUCAGCAUACGUGCUCAGCAUACGUGCUCAGCAUACGUGCUCAGCAUACGUGCUCAGCAUACGUGCUCAGCAUACGUGCUCAGCAUACGUGCUCAGCAUACGUGCUCAGCAUACGUGCUCAGCAUACGUGCUCAGCAUACGUGCUCAGCAUACGUGCUCAGCAUACGUGCUCAGCAUACGUGCUCAGCAUACGUGCUCAGCAUACGUGCUCAGCAUACGUGCUCAGCAUACGUGCUCAGCAUACGUGCUCAGCAUACGUGCUCAGCAUACGUGCUCAGCAUACGUGCUCAGCAUACGUGCUCAGCAUACGUGCUCAGCAUACGUGCUCAGCAUACGUGCUCAGCAUACGUGCUCAGCAUACGUGCUCAGCAUACGUGCUCAGCAUACGUGCUCAGCAUACGUGCUCAGCAUACGUGCUCAGCAUACGUGCUCAGCAUACGUGCUCAGCAUACGUGCUCAGCAUACGUGCUCAGCAUACGUGCUCAGCAUACGUGCUCAGCAUACGUGCUCAGCAUACGUGCUCAGCAUACGUGCUCAGCAUACGUGCUCAGCAUACGUGCUCAGCAUACGUGCUCAGCAUACGUGCUCAGCAUACGUGCUCAGCAUACGUGCUCAGCAUACGUGCCCAGCAUACGUGCCCAGCAUACGUGCCCAGCAUACGUGCCCAGCAUACGUGCCCAGCAUACGUGCCCAGCAUACGUGCCCAGCAUACGUGCCCAGCAUACGUGCCCAGCAUACGUGCCCAGCAUACGUGCUCAGCAUACGUGCUCAGCAUACGUGCUCAGCAUACGUGCUCAGCAUACGUGCUCAGCAUACGUGCUCAGCAUACGUGCUCAGCAUACGUGCUCAGCAUACGUGCUCAGCAUACGUGCUCAGCAUACGUGCUCAGCAUACGUGCUCAGCAUACGUGCUCAGCAUACGUGCUCAGCAUACGUGCUCAGCAUACGUGCUCAGCAUACGUGCUCAGCAUACGUGCUCAGCAUACGUGCUCAGCAUACGUGCUCAGCAUACGUGCUCAGCAUACGUGCUCAGCAUACGUGCUCAGCAUACGUGCUCAGCAUACGUGCUCAGCAUACGUGCUCAGCAUACGUGCUCAGCAUACGUGCUCAGCAUACGUGCUCAGCAUACGUGCUCAGCAUACGUGCUCAGCAUACGUGCUCAGCAUACGUGCUCAGCAUACGUGCUCAGCAUACGUGCUCAGCAUACGUGCUCAGCAUACGUGCUCAGCAUACGUGCUCAGCAUACGUGCUCAGCAUACGUGCUCAGCAUACGUGCUCAGCAUACGUGCUCAGCAUACGUGCUCAGCAUACGUGCUCAGCAUACGUGCUCAGCAUACGUGCUCAGCAUACGUGCUCAGCAUACGUGCUCAGCAUACGUGCUCAGCAUACGUGCUCAGCAUACGUGCUCAGCAUACGUGCUCAGCAUACGUGCUCAGCAUACGUGCUCAGCAUACGUCCUCAGCAUACGUGCUCAGCAUACGUGCUCAGCAUACGUGCUCAGCAUACGUGCUCAGCAUACGUGCUCAUUCGUGA